ACCGUUCUGUCUUCGAAUCCGAUGGUUACGAAUAAUGUUGAAGUUCCGGUUGCGAACAAAACGACGCCGAGUACGAACUCGAGAGUGGUGGUGGGUCGGCAUGGGAUCCUGAUACGGCCGUGGCCCCACCCUAACCCGACGGAAGUGAUGAAAGCGCAUAGAUUAAUCGAGAGAGUGCAGAAAGAGCAGAGAGCUCAUUUUGGAUUUAAAAAUCCGAGAACAGUGAUUGCGGUGACUCCUACUUAUGUAAGGACAUUCCAAACGCUUCAUUUGACUGGUGUGAUGCACUCGCUCAUGCUGGUGCCGUACGAUCUGGUGUGGAUCGUGGUAGAGGCAGGUGGAGUGACCAACGAAACGGCGUCUUUGAUUGCCAAGUCUCAAUUGAGGACCGUUCAUGUUGGAAUUAAGCAAAGAAUGCCCAAUUCGUGGGAGGAAAGACAUAAAUUGGAGGCCAAGAUGCGGCUCCGCGCUUUGAGAGUUGUGAGAGAAGAGAAGCUGGAUGGGAUUGUUAUGUUUGCGGAUGAUAGUAAUAUGCACAGUAUGGAGCUGUUCGAUGAAAUUCAAAAUGUGAAAUGGUUUGGUGCUGUUUCGGUUGGAAUUCUUGCCCAUUCAGAAGAUCCAGACGACUCAUCACUAACAGCAAAGGAGAAAGAGGAUGGUGCAGGGAGCUCACCAGUCCCUGUUCAAGGACCAGCUUGUAACGCAUCCAAUAAGUUGGUUGGUUGGCACACUUUUAAUUCCCUGCCAUAUGCUGGGAAAAGUGCAACUUACAUUGAUGAUAGGGCAACUGUGCUUCCCAGGAAGCUGGAAUGGGCUGGGUUUGUUUUGAGUUCCAGGUUGCUUUGGAAAGAAACCGAAGAUAAGCUAGAGUGGGUGAAUGAUCUGGAUUUACUGGAUAAGGUUGAGGAUAUAGAGAGUCCGCUAUCGCUGCUGAAGGACCAUUCUGUGGUGGAGCCGCUUGGAAGUUGUGGGCGCCAAGUUUUAAUUUGGUGGCUUCGUGUUGAAGCUCGUGCUGAUAGCAAGUUCCCUCCGAGGUGA